AUGCCGGAUUCACCUGCUGAUGUCAAAACCCAGCCCAGGUCGACUCCGCCUACAAUGCCACCUCCGCCCCCUGCUGUUAGUCAGGCAACCAAUCGCAACGCUUCAUUCACACCUACCACCAGUAAUGAGGAACACCACGCAACUGGCAUCCCUCACAGAGGCAAUGGACUGGCUGGGUGGGGAAUUGUGUGUGUGUUGUUGAACGGGAGCAGUCACUCACCCACGGCGCUCAACGGGGCUCCUUCCACACCCAACGGCUUCAGCAACGGGCCGGCCACCUCCUCCACGGCCUCCCUGCCUACUCAGCAGCUGCCUCCCGCGUGCGGCGCUCGUCAGCUCUGCAAGCUCAAACGUUUUCUCACCACACUGCAGCAGUUUGGAAACGACAUCUCGCCGGAGAUCGGAGAGCGCGUACGAAGCCUGGUGCUCGGCCUGGUGAACUCCACUCUGACCAUUGAAGAAUUUCACUCCAAACUCCAGGAGGCCACCAACUUCCCCCUGCGUCCCUUUGUCAUUCCAUUCCUCAAGGCUAACUUGCCUCUCCUGCAGAGGGAGUUGCUUCACUGUGCACGCAUGGCUAAGCAGACACCAGCACAGUAUCUGGCCCAACACGAACAGCUGCUGCUGGAUGCGAACGCAAGCUCUCCCCUGGACUCCUCUGAGAUCAUGCUGGAGAUCAAUGAGCACGGAAAAAGACGCACCCCGGACAGGACCAAAGAGAGCAGCGGUGAUCGGGACGGUCUACAUCCAGACCAUUUGGCCAAGCGACCAUGCACGGUCAGCCCCAGCCAGCGUUUCAGCCCCAGCACUGGUCUGUCGGCCCACCCGCCUCCCAAUGGGUUACCCACGCACCCCCCCAAUGGCCUGCCGCACCCCAACCCCCCCGCUCCACAGCACUACCGUCUGGAGGACAUGGCCCUGGCCCACCAUUACAGAGACGCCUACCGACACGCCGAACACCGUGACGCCAGAGACCGCCACCGACAGACAGCAGUACACGGAGCACGGCAGGAGGAGGUGAUUGAUCACCGGCUGACAGACCGUGAGUGGGCAGAGGAAUGGAAACAUCUUGAUAAUCUGUUGAACUGUAUCAUGGACAUGGUGGAAAAGACGAGGCGUUCGCUGACCGUUCUCCGCCGGUGUCAGGAGGCCGACCGCGAGGAGAUGAACCACUGGAUCCGUCGCUACAGCGACGUGGAGGAUAUGAAAAAAGGUGGGAGCUGCACCCAGCGCCCUCCUCCUCCUCCUCCUCCUCCUCUUCCUCCUCACCACAACUCUUCAUCUUCCAACACUCCUAACAGCAAGAUUCACCGGGACUUUCUGCACCGGCCGCCGUCGGGUUACCUGCCUGAGGAGAUCUGGAGGAAGGCGGAAGAAGCAGUGAAUGAGGUGAAGAGGCAGGCCAUGUCGGAGCUGCAGAAAGCUGUGUCGGAAGCUGAGCGUAAGGCUCAUGAGAUGAUCUCAGCCGAAAGGUCCAAAAUGGAAAGAGCCCUGGCUGAAGCCAAGAGACAGGCCUCUGAGGAUGCACUGACUGUCAUCAACCAGCAGGAGGACUCCAGUGAGAGCUGCUGGAACUGCGGCCGCAAAGCCAGCGAGACGUGCAGCGGCUGUAACACGGCCCGUUACUGCGGCUCCUUCUGCCAGCAUAAAGACUGGGAGAAGCACCAUCAUGUGUGUGGCCAGGGCCUGCAGGGGUUGCCUGGGAGCAGCAGCGUACCUCUGGGGACACCCACCUCCACCUCCUCCUCCUCCUCCUCCAGUGCACCAUCCACACACUCGGAGAGCACUCCCCCAGGCCCCCUCUCCUUGGCCGGCCAGGUCAGCGGAGGAGGCAGCCCCAAAGAGACCAGCUCCAGCUCCAGCAGUGCCUCGCGCUCCACCACCCCCGCUACACCCGCCCUGCUGGACUCCUCCUCCCGCUGA